AUGACAGCUACCGCUCCACUCCCGCUGGACUUGUCGCACCACUUAUCCUACGCGACCAAGAACAAGAAACCAAGCAGCGUCAAAGAUUUCUAUAAAUACUUCCUAAUCCCUGGAAUUGCCAAUUUUGCAGGAGGUUUGCCACAUCCAUCCUACUUCCCAUAUGAUACACUCGAAGCCAAAGUCGCGCUACCACAACGCUUUCUACCAACCAACAAUGAAGACGCCAAGUCAUCAGUGCGAGUAACAGUCCCAAAAGAAAGCCACACAAAGGACGCCACACGGAAAAUCGACCUAGCCACAGCUCUACAAUAUGGCACCGCUGAAGGCAUCGCACCUCUAGCCGCAUUCCUGCGACAAUUCACACGCGAGCAUCUCCAUCCAAAUAUCCCAUAUGCAGGUGGCCCCGAUAUCAUCAUGACCUGCGGCUCGACCGAUGGUUUCCAUAAAGCAGUUGAGGCAUUCACGAACAUCUGGAACCCCGACCGGGACUGGAUCCAGCAGCGGGAAGGUGUCUUGUGCGAGGAGUGGGCGUAUAUGAAUGCCAUCCAGACGGUUCGGCCUCGUGGGCUGAAUAUUGCCAGCGUUGCGAUGGAUGGUCAAGGUAUGCUUGCUACUGGUAAAGGUGGAUUGAAGGAUGUGUUGGAGAAUUGGGACUUCCGACGCGGUCGCAGGCCUCAUUUGAUGUACACCGUAGCAACUGGCCAAAACCCAACUGGAGGAACACUUUCAGUCGAACGACGAAAGCAGAUCUAUGCCCUCUGCCAGAGAUACGAUGUGAUUAUCGUUGAAGAUGAACCAUAUUGGAAUUUGCAGUUCCCGUCCGCUUAUGAGCAGACUGUUCACUAUCGUGGCUCGUCUCCUGAGCCCAACCUGUAUACCAAGAACUACAAUGCAGAGGGCAAGUCGUCAGGCUAUGCGUUCUUGGAUUCGCUGGUUCCCUCAUAUCUAUCUAUUGAUAUCGAGGGCCGGGUGGUCAGACUGGACACAUUUUCCAAGACCAUUGCACCAGGCAGCCGACUUGGUUGGAUCACAGCACAGCCAGCAUUUAUCGAGCGCUUCGCUCGGAUUACAGAGGUCACCACACAACAGCCAUCUGGUUUCGUCCAGUCCUUAGUGGCCGAGAUGAUUUUUGGAAAGUCCGAAGAGGACAGCAAUACGCGGUCCAAACAAGUAUCUUCAGGUUGGCACAUGAACGGCUGGGUCCGCUGGUUGGAGGGUCUACGCGGGAGCUAUGAAAAGCGCAUGCAAGCCAUGUGCACGGUCCUGGAAGAGAACAAAUUUCUUUUCCACGAGGGAUCAGCAGUAGAUCAUGUCGAUGACUGGGAGGUGGUUGACCGGGUGCAGAUGUUUGACUUUGUCUGGCCGAUGGGCGGCAUGUUCGCUUGGGUUGAGAUCUUCUUUGAUACCCACCCCUUGCAUUCUCAGUUUAGUGGGGAGCGAUUAUCCAAGGCAUUUUGGAUUCAUCUGACCAAGAAGCCAUAUCUGUGUCUUGUUGGGCCGGGAAGUAUGUUCGCUGCAACUCCUACAUCAGCUGCGAAGGCGUACCGAUACAUUCGGGUGGCUUUUGCUCCCAUGGAUAUUGACGCGGUGGCGCCUUUCACCCAUAGAUUGGUAGAGGGUCUUCGGUCGUUCUGGCAGUUGAAGAACCUCGACGGCUUGAGCGGCGACGAAGAGGCCGAGAUGGCCAUGGAGGCUCUCCGACUAGGACCAGGUGUCAACUUUUUAGGGACCGGGUGCUGA